UUCCUUUCCCAUAGCGUAGACUUCUUAAACAAAAACAAAAACCGGGUCUCCAAUCCAUCUCCCACCAAAAGAAAAAUCAAACAAGUUUUCCUCUAUCUGUAGCUCAACAGAAUUUGCAAGAGAGGAGAAGAAGAUGGGAAGGAGGUGUUCUCAUUGUGGAAACAAUGGGCAUAACUUAAGAACUUGUAGAAGCUCAAGGAGUAUGGUGGGUGGAGCAGGGCUGAGGCUUUUUGGGGUUCAGCUUCAAUUAGAUUCCUCAGCUCCUAUGAAUAAAAGCAUUAGUUUGGAUUCCCUGUGUACUUCAGACUACAGUGCAUCUGUCUCAUCUUCAUCAUCAUCGUCUACAUCUUCGUUUUUCUGUAUUGAUGAAGCCUCUGAGAUGGUCUCUAACGGUUCUCUCUCUGAAAGUUUGAUUUGGAAAGUUCAGGAAAAGAAGAAAGGAGUUCCAUGGUCUGAGGAAGAGCACAGAGCUUUCCUUGCUGGGUUAGAGAAACUUGGAAAAGGAUACUGGUGUGGUAUUUCUCGCAAUUUUGUAAUUACGAGGACUCCAACCCAAGUUGCCAGCCAUGCUCAGAAAUAUUUUCUUAGGCAGAACAGUCCCGACAAGACGAAACGCCGAACUAGCCUCUUUGAUGUGGUUGGCAGUGAAAGGCCAGUUCAGGCGAAAAAUUCUUCAAAUGUCAAAGAUCCUUCACUCCUCAAGGAUACUCCAAUCUCCAAACAAGCUUUGAACACACUCUCAAGUGGCUUUAUAGAUCUCAAGUUCCCAGAACAAGAACCAGAAUCCGAACAAAAACCAAAUCUUCCUCAUCGUAUUCAUUUGCAUACAAAUUCAUCUCAUGUUCCUGAUCCGGAGCAGAACUGACUCUCUUCCCCGAGGCCUGUACUUUUGAGCAAACCUUUGGCCAGAGAUCUCUUUAACGGUGCUUUUACAGUAAGCUGGGAGGCUUAAGCUUCCUUUUAAGUGAAAUGGAACAAAGAAAAAGAUUUUUUUUUUUUUUUUUUUUUUUUUUUGAGGAGAGGAAAUUCUGUGAAGUUUGCUGGUUCAGCCAACUUCCAGUUCCAAACAAGAUAGAGAGAAGAAGACGUUUGCUGGAAUUUAUAUUAAUUUUUUUAAUUGUUAUUUUUAGUUUCUUA